UGAAAGCGUCUUUUCCAGUUUUAAGGUUAUGGUCGUAGCGUGUACCGUGUAAGUCACAUAAAUAAAUGUUCAUGUAGCCGUCAAGUACAAUACAUAUCCUUGCCAUUUUAUUGAGUUAUUUUUGUAAAGACAUCACGAUACCCCAAAGUUUCUCAAGAUGUCUGGAGGUAUGCUUUAUGGUGGAGAUGAAAUAGGAGCGUUAGUCUUCGACUUGGGCCAUCAUUCUUUAAGAGUGGGCUAUGCUCAAGAAGAUACUCCAAAGGCAGAGAUUCCAGCUGUUGUGGGUAUAGGAGAAGAUGGCAACAGCACAGCUAAUAAAGCUGAACCUAUGGAUAUUGAUGAUAAGAAACCUGAUAGCAAUAUCACUCAAAGCGGGACCAAAUAUUAUAUCGAUACCACAAUUCUUCAUGUUCCACGAAGAAACAUGGAAAUUGCAAGUUAUAUGAAAGAUGGCAUGAUUGAAGAUUGGGAUCAUUUUGAAAAGGUCUUAGAUUAUACAUACUCAAAAGUAAUCCAAUCUGAUGCUGAAUAUCAUCCUGUAUUGUUUUCUGAAUCGCCUUGGAAUAUACGGAGCAAAAGGGAAAAAUUGACCGAAUUAAUGUUCGAAAAAUACAAUGUACCAGCCUUUUUUAUUGUGAAAAAUGCAGUUUUGGCCGCAUUUGCGAAUGGCAGAUCCACUGGUAUAGUUGUUGACAGUGGUGCUACACAUACAUCUGCAGUACCUGUGCAAGAUGGAUUCGUAUUGACGCAAGCUAUCGUUAAAUCUCCUCUUGGUGGAGAUUAUAUAAGCAUGCAAUGCAGACAGUUUUUACAAGAUAACGAUAUCGAUUUAUCACCUCCUUACAUGGUGGGUAGUAAAGAAGUAGUUAAAGAUCAUGAUAAACCACGGUGGGUUAAGAAGAAAGGAAUACCGGAUGUUACCAAAUCUUGGCAUAAUUACAUGGUGAAGAAAGUAAUUCAAGAUUUCCAAGCCACGGUUCUUCAAGUAUCAGAAACACCGUACGAUGAGAAAAUAGUCUCCACAAUUCCAGCGGUCCAAUAUGAGUUUCCAACUGGUUAUCACCAGGAUUUUGGAAGCGAAAGAUUCCGAAUACCAGAAGCGUUAUUCGAUCCUAGUAUGGUACAAAUGCGCGGUGGUAUGGUUGGUAAUACCAUGUUAGGUGUGGGUCACAUUGUCGCAACCAGUGUUGGCAUGUGCGACGUUGACAUGCGACCGUCGCUCUAUGCGAGCGUCGUCGUUACCGGUGGCAAUUCCUUUAUUCAGGGCUUCCCGGAACGCUUAAACAGAGACCUGUCCGUGAGAAUACCUACCAGUAUGCGUCUUAAAUUGAUCAGUGCGAACGGUUGCGCGGAAAGAAGAUUCGGAGCGUGGAUAGGUGGUUCCAUAUUGGCGUCGAUCGGCACUUUCCAACAAAUGUGGAUUUCCAGCCAAGAAUAUGAGGAGAGCGGGAAGAGUCAAGUAGAGAGAAAAUGUCCUUAAAUCGCGAUAGUUCACUAUAUAUAUAUAUAUAUAUAUUUCUAUCCUCGAGUCAUAUUAGCGUCAGUGUUUGUACAAAUGUCGCACACGGAAUGAGUACAAUUUUUGGAAUACAAAAAUCCACGUUUUACGAUAUUGUGCACCAUUUCAUACAUAUUGCAAUGUACAAGGCACAUGAUGAUACUAUGAAUCACUUUUUAAAAUGAAACGACUUUUUAUAACGUUGUAUAAUGAACGAAGACACUUAUGAUGUUAUGGAAUUAUAUGCUCGUUCUAGACACGUACGGAUAAUUACAUUCUAUUUAUAA